GGGGAAGUCAAUAAGUGACAGUCAAUCAACCCAUCUCAAAGAAGAAUACCCACGAAGAAUCAUAAUCCCACUUCUCUACCUCUUCUUGGCCAGUUUGCUGUACAUUCAUAAUUGGUUUUCCUUCGUACAGCAAACUUUGGAGUUCAAUUUCCCUUUAGACAAGCUCCAAUCGACAAAGCCCACUUUUCUCGAUCCCCUUGGCUCACCACUUUUCUAGGAGAAUCAAAUCCAAUUCUUAUCCAAAAAAUCAAGAAAAAGAAUACAUUCAAACAUUUCCCUAUCUAAAAUGCAUUGGUUAUGGCCGUUUGGUUAUCUUGUUCUUCUAUUCUUUUACGUGCCUACCUGUAAAUCUUCUUCAAUUUCUGAUCUUUUCAACAGUUGGUGCCAACAGUAUGGCAAAACAUACAAUUCUGUUCAAGAAAAAGAGUACAGACUCAAGGUGUUUGAAGAAAACUAUGCAUACGUUUCCCAUCACAAUAGUUUGGGUAAUUUUUCUUACUCACUCUCUCUUAAUGCCUAUGCUGAUCUCACUCAGCAUGAGUUCAAGGCCAAGUACUUGGGACUCUCACCUUCACCAGACGAUUUAAUAAUCCGAUUGAAUCGCGGGUCAAGUCCAGUCGAAGGGUUGAAUCUUGUUAGGGAAUCUGAUAUUCCUUCAUCACUGGAUUGGAGGAAGAAAGGAGCUGUCACUGGAGUCAAAGAUCAAGGAAGUUGUGGUGCAUGCUGGUCAUUCUCUGCUACUGGGGCACUGGAAGGCAUAAACAAGAUAAAGACAGGAUCACUCAUCAGCCUGUCUGAGCAAGAGUUAAUUGAUUGUGACAAAUCUUAUAAUGAUGGUUGCGGAGGUGGGCUCAUGGAUUAUGCAUAUGAAUUCGUUAUAAAAAAUCACGGGAUUGACACAGAGAAGGAUUAUCCCUAUCAAGGCCGAGAAAAAACUUGCAACAAAAAGAAACUCAAAAGACGUGUUGUGACCAUCGAUAGUUAUGUUGACAUCCCUGACAAAGAUGAGAAACGGCUACUACAAGCUGUAGCAACUCAGCCCAUUAGCGUUGGUAUAUGUGGGAGCGACAGAUCGUUUCAGCUGUACUCCACGGGCAUAUUCACGGGGCCAUGCUCGACUUCUUUGGAUCAUGCAGUACUGAUUGUGGGUUACGAUUCAAAAGACGGAAAGGAUUAUUGGAUUGUGAAGAAUUCUUGGGGAAAAUCCUGGGGAAUGGACGGGUAUAUGCAUAUGCUACGAAAUAAUGGCAAUCCAGAAGGCGUUUGUGGGGUUAACACGCUAGCUUCGUACCCUGUCAAGACGAGCCCAAAUCCUCCACCCUCUCCUUCCCCUACGCCUACCAGAUGUAACCUUUUCACUUACUGCUCCAGUGGUGAAACCUGCUGCUGCGCUCGACGCAUUCUAGGAUUAUGCUUGAAAUGGAAAUGUUGUGGGGCAGAAUCUGCAGUGUGUUGUAAGGACCGGAUUCACUGUUGCCCACACGAUUAUCCAAUAUGCGACACAAAAAGGAAUCUGUGCCUCAAGCAAAUUGGCAAUGCCACAAUAGCAAAGCAAUUUGGGAAGAACCGUUCUACGAGUUAGAUGAUCAGAUUUCUCCUUUUGAUGAUUGAGUUAGACGAAGUUAUUUGUGCUGCAGUCAUAUUUUACAGCAGCAUAUCCUGAUUAUUGUAGUAUUUUAGCAUACUGCCAUUGUAUUAGAGUAAUCAGUGCGAUCUUACAUUAUUCUUGUGUAUUUGAAUAAAUCAGUUUGAAAUUUGAAUAUUUUGGUUCUAAAGAUAGAAUAAACUUGGACCAGGCAUUGUAGUUUUGCUCGUAAAAUUUAAGUAUUUUCUCAUCA